UGAUGCUGGGCUUGCUUACAGUCAAACAACGCACAUUCUCUUUUUUUUUUCCUUUUCCUCGGAACGAUCGAUGUUGUUCCACAAGACCAUUGCCCGCCAAAAAACAAACGAUUGAUUUGGUCUCACCCUUACUUCGAUUACUUUCUAACCCUUUUUUAUUUGUUUAUAUAAAAAGCCCCCUCUUUCCCUCUUUCUCUUUUUUCACUCCUUCUUACUUGACAUCUCGAUUAACUUUUAUUUUAUCUUGGCUGUAUGUCUCUUACACAAAACUAGAUCCAAUCACAACUAGUUCCUACCACUCAGAAACUCCUCCCCUUCUUCAUCUCUAUAAGCAACAAAUCCGUCGAUUGCAAACAUGGUUACUUCCCUCUGGACGAUGCUUCGCAAGCGUCGCCAACAGCAGACAAAGACGUCUCCAUCAAUGCCAUCCAAAAUUAACGACUUUGAACAACAGCAUAGUCUCCAUUCAAUCGAUGAUGAGAAGCUGGCUAUGGCUAGGUCAAAUGGAGUACCAAGGAAUAGCACACAAAUCACACGGAAAAUCGACAAUAUUUACAACCUACAAUCUUCUAGACCAUCCACUCCCAAAACACCACAUGAAAUCCCUCCUCGAACUUCUUCCAGUGCUCAAAGCACUAGAACUCCCUCUAUCCACAGUGUAGCUAGCACUGGAGACCGACCACGCUCAAUAGAAAAGAAAAAACACAGGCGACAAGCUUCAACAAAUUCUCUCUCCAAAACACCCUCUCCCUCAUCUUCUCCUGUUCCUCCACCUACACCCACACGCUCUACUACAUCAGGCACACCACCAUCAUCUCCAUCAAUAUCAUCCGCAUCGGAGUUUGCCGAGGCUCGGCGCAAGUCCAUGGUGGAGCAUGCUAUCCGAGACCAACCCACGGAUUGCCA